UCGGAGCUUCGCGCUCAGCAGCGCGGGCGGGGAACGGGCGUGCAGCCCUGGUGAUGAAUUCGCCCUUGGCGCCGUGUCUGAAGACAAGUGGGUAGUUCCAGCUGGAACGCCGGGCUGUUCCUGACUGACUGCUGGGCCCACCGAGGUUAGGGCAGGAUGUCGUUUUAAGACAGAACUCGGUUAAGGCUAAAUUGCUUGUUGCGAAGUACGGGGAGGAGAGAAGGCAGAAGAAGGUACGGAGAUAAUGUCCCUGCCUGCUGCUCAGCUCGCUACAAUCUAGCACUCCUGGCCUUUUUUGGGUUCUUCCUCCUCUACGCGCUACGUGUGAACCUAAGCGUUGCUCUGGUGGACAUGGUAGAACCUAACACAAGCUUAGUGAAGAAUUCAACUUCCAAUGUGUGUCCAGAGCAUUCCUCCACCAUAAAUGUUCUUCGCAACACAACGGGGCAGAAGUAUUCUUGGGACGCUGAUACUCAGGGAUGGAUCCUUGGUUCUUUUUUCUAUGGCUAUAUAAUUACUCAGAUUCCAGGAGGAUAUCUUGCAAGCAAAAUUGGAGGGAAGCUGUUGCUGGGGUUUGGCAUCUUUGGUACCUCUAUAUUCACCUUGCUCACUCCCUUAGCUGCAAAUUUGGGAGUUGGCUACCUCAUAGCUGUCAGAGCUUUGGAAGGACUGGGAGAGGGUGUUACAUUCCCAGCUAUGCAUUCAAUGUGGUCUUCUUGGGCUCCUCCACUGGAACGCAGCAAGCUCCUUAGUAUUUCAUAUGCAGGUGCACAGCUAGGAACUGUUAUUUCUCUGCCACUCUCUGGUUUAAUUUGCUACUAUAUGAACUGGGUUUAUGUGUUUUAUAUAUUUGGUGCACUUGGUGUGUUAUGGUUCUUCUUCUGGAUGUGGUUGGUUAGUGAUACACCAGAAAGUCAUGGAAGCAUUUCACAUGCUGAAAGGGAAUAUAUACUCUCUUCUCUAAAAGAUCAGCUUUCUACACAGAAAUCUGUCCCCUGGAGGCCUAUGCUGGAGUCCGUUCCACUCUGGGCUAUUGUUGUGGCACACUUCUCUUAUAACUGGACCUUCUAUACACUUCUCACACUCUUGCCCACGUACAUGAAGGAGAUCCUGAGGUUUGAUGCACAGGAGAAUGGGUUUUUAUCUGCCCUACCUUAUCUUGGCUGCUGGUUAUGUAUCAUUCUGUCUGGGCAAAUGGCUGAUUAUUUACGGGAAAAACAGAACAUGUCCACUGUUUGUGUUCGCAAGUGUUUUACCCUAAUAGGAAUGAUUGGACCUGCAGUGUUCUUAGUAGCAGCUGGAUUCAUAGGCUGUAACUACGCUCUGGCUGUUGCAUUCGUGACCAUAUCAACAACAUUAGGAGGGUUUUGUACAUCUGGCUACAGCAUCAACCAUCUGGACAUAGCACCUUCGUAUGCUGGAAUUCUCCUUGGGAUCACUAAUUCUUUUGCUACUAUCCCAGGAAUGGUGGGUCCAGUUAUUGCUAAGAAUCUUACUCAUAAUAAUACUGUGGGAGAAUGGCAGACUGUUUUCUACAUUGCUGCUUCUAUCAAUCUAUUUGGAGCAAUUUUCUUUGCGUUAUUUGGAAGUGGAGAAGUUCAGGACUGGGCAGUCAGUGGAUAUCACUUGCAUGGAAACUGAAGGAUAUUGAAAUACCAAAGCUGUGCCGAAUCCAAAUGUGACCAGAAAAGUGCCUUCCCUGCUGAUGCCUAACAGCCUUCAGAACUUUUUUGUUAAACUAUUUUAUCUGCAUAUCUUUUGUACUGAAAAUUAUUUGACAGCGUAUGUUUGCUAUUUCCUGACAAGAAACUACUUGGAUUAAAUAUAAUCGUUUCAUGCUAGGACUUGAUAUCAAAUAUAUGAUCAGAGACAACUUUUGAAAUUGAUGUGCUAGGCUCCAAUUCUUUCCAGUUUUUAAUUAAUAUUUUUUGAAUUAAUAUUUAGGCAGAUGUUUCUUGAUACUGAAAUGAGAGGAAAAAGCAAAGUGAUUAUGUAGCACUAUAAGGAGGAACAGCAUGGAAAGAUUGUACCCAAAAAAGUGUUUUGAUUUCCAUGAGAAAAUUGAUAGGUUUUUUGCUAUUUAAAAGUCUAGAAGACCUCUAGUUUUCUACAAUAUUUUCUAAUACUUUUAUUUUGUCAGUGUUUUAAUUGAUGUCUAAGAAGUGCACACAUGAUUUUAUUCUAUUUUACGCACAAAUUUUCAAUAUAUAAACAUUCCCUGUUUCAUGAAUACAGCUUCACAGCUGCUACAGAGCAAUGAGGAAGUAAAAUGUAGCUUUGUGACUGACAGAAAAAGCCAUGUGUUACUGUUUUCUGUGGAGCAGGGUUUUUAAAUAGGCCUUAUUUUUAUUCAUCUGUGCAAAGAAGAAGCAGUGCAGUUCUGGUUUAAACCUAGGCACUGUACAAGCCUGCAUGCUUACCUUAACAUAACUUAAAGUUUGGUGAUUCAUUUUUUGUCUCUUUAAAUCAAUGCAGCGGAAUUCUUUCCUCUUGCAUGUAGAUCUAUAUGUAAUAUUUUAAGGCCAGUGUGGGGAAUAAUGAGGAAAAACAGUUAUUUUCUCUAAUAGCCUUGUUAGUCAGAUAGAAGUAGAGUAAAAAAGAACUAGUGCAAUAACCUGAUACUAUUAGUCUCCUAUCAGCAUAGAAUUUGACACUCAAGAGCAUCCUUUGCAAUUAAAUGCCACACACUAGGAUUAAAUCAAGUCUUUUUAAACCGUGGCCUUGUUAAGAACAAAUGGCUGAAUAAUCUUGUAGUCACAAAGCAAAGGAAAAUUCCAGUGCCAAAGAUUCCUGGAUUGGAGCAAUUAGGUAAAAAAGAAAAAUCACUGGGCUCUGGGUUUUUCAUUUGCCACCAAUCCAAAAGAAAAGCCCAGCACUACAGCUGCUCCAGUGGAGCCUACCUUCCUUCAUUUCUAGGAAAUGGCAUCUGCCUCUUCUUUUUAGCUUUAAAAGCCAUUUUGUUUUGACCUUCCUUGAAGUGUCAUGUUCUCUGGUGGUGGAACUGUGUUUAAAUCUGUGUUUGCGUCUGCAGCAUUUCCACAAUAAACAGUGUGAAAUUCAGAUUAAAUUAGUAGUUGUUUAGUAGGAGUACGUUAAAGCUGUGUCUUCAGUGUUUCCACAAUAAAUUGAAUUAAUAUUUA